AUGGGUAACCCCCUGGUGAUGGGCGGCGGCGGUGGUGAUGGUGACGGCGGCGGCAGGCUAGGGCUGGGGAUGGGACAGAUGGGACAGAUGGGCAUGGGCAUGGGCAACUUGAACGGCAUGGGUAUGGGCCUGGGCCACAGUGGGCUGUCCCUGUCGGCGCAGUCGCAGCCGCGGUCGCAAUCACUGUCACAGUCGCUAUCUGGUCUUAUGGGGAUGGGCGGGGAAGCUGCAGGCGCACACAGCCUGAAUGCUGCGUCGCCGGCCGGACCUGGAACCUCGCUAAUGACAGGAGCAUCACAACACCAGCAGCAGCAGCAGCAGCAGCAUCAAUACCAACAGCGCCAACAGCAGUACCGCGGGCAGCAACAACAGCAGCAGCAAAGACAGUCAGCCCCAACAGCAGCAGCAGCAGCAGCAGCAGCAGUAGGGCCGUUGGCGACAACACCAACAGCGGCUACAGCGCCUGUUGUUGGCCCCGGCCCGGGUGCCGGCCGGGCUCCAGUUGGUGCCAGCACCACUCCCGUAUCGCGUGCAGUUCAGGUUCAGAGUCAGGUUGCUGCACUUGCACAUCAUCAUCAGCAGCAGCAGCAGCAGCAGCAGCAGCCGCAACAGUCUCAGUCUCCUUCAUCUGCCUCUCCUCCUCCUCCUUCACUUGCUCCAACCACCACUACCACCAACGCCAACGUUGUCUCUGGCGUUUCCGCCGUGGUUUCGGCUGCUACUUCUGCUGCCCACUUGCACCUUAACCACCAUAACAGCCCCGGCGCUGCGUCUGCCUCAUCCUCCUCCGCGUCUUCUUCCUCCUCCUCCUCCUCCUCCCGCUCCCUCUCCCGCUCCUCCCACCCCCAUUCCCACUCUCAUUCCCAAUCCCACUCCUACUCCCAUUCGUCCUACGGAUACUCCCACGCCAACCUUUACUCCAACCACAACCACCUCCACGGACACGUCCAGCAACAACACCCUCCUCCUCCUCAUCCUCACCCCGGCGCCUCUUCUUCGACAACAUCCUCUUCUGCCUUUUACACCACCAACUCCAACGCCAACCCAGGCUUCACAAACACCGCCGCCGCCGCCGCUCCUGAUCACGCCCACGCUCCAGCCCACGCCGUGAGCACUCGUCGUCCUUCCGCCAUGGAACCCGGCGACCCCUCCGACGUUGCCGCCCAAGAAGCCGCCGCUCGGGAUUAUCAGCCACAGCUCGAGGGUUUAUUGGUGGGCGACAAGAUCACAAGCGACGCCAUAACCGACGAGUACGCCAAGGCCGACGAAAUCUACAUCGCAAAGACCAUCUGCUUCUGGUCUUUUCUUCACUCCAGAACCUUCCUCAGACAUAUUCUCACUAUCGCCCUGUUCAAGGCGACGGAAAUUGCGGUUGGCGAGUAUGCCUUUCUAGCAAUCGGCUUCUCCUACUUUGAGCAUCUCAUCAACAAUGGCGACCAGCAUCAGAUCCUUGGCGAGGCCGCGCGCAUCACGAGCUUAAAUCAGUAUCUCCUCAACGUCGGCGGCUACGAUCGGAUGUUGUUUGAGGACAUGGUGGAAGAGACGAUUGGAUUGCUAAAAGAUGUCGCCCAGAACAUUGCCAACCCACAGCUGGCCAUGGACAUCAUGGUCCAGCGCUUCAACGAUCAGGGCUCCUCCAAUGCCAUCAUCUACCACCUUCGUCUGUUAGCGCUCUCAUGGCUCAAGGGAAAUGUUGAGCUCUACGAACCCUUCAUCCCCGCCGAGACGGGUAUCAUUGGCUAUUGCGCCGAAAUCGAACGCCCAAACAGAGAGAUUGACCAUCUCGGCAUUAUUCUGCUUGUUCAGGUGCUGCUGAAGCCCAUCAACUUCGUGCUGGAGAUUGCAUAUCUGGAUCGUAGCCCGGGAAACCAGGUCAACAUUUACCGCUUUCCGGACGAGGCCAAUGGUCAAGACCCUGCCACUCUGGGCCCCAUCAUCUACUUGCUCUACCGGCCCGAUCACUACGACAUUCUAUACAAGUCGCCUCCGAACCCGGCACCCUUGAAUCUUCAGGUUCACCGCGUUGGUUCCUUUUCUCACUCUCAAGAGAUUGCGAGCGUGGGCCCCCCUUUGCACAGCUAUUCUCUCGACUACGGCCCCUUGGCCAUGCUGCCCGGAUUCGGUGGCCCGCCCUCGGGCUUGUCUUCGGCUCUGUCUUCACUCGGCUCGCCCACAUCCACAUCUCCGCUCCCAGAUGCCUAUGACCCUUCACCUCAAUCUCCUUGGCUCGCGACGCCGUUCUCUGAUCACAUUCAGCAGCAGCAGCAGCAGCAGCAGCAGCAGCACACGGCACCGGCCCCUCGACCACAGUCUCAAACGCCAGCUCGACCACAACAGUCAACGCCCGCCCCUGCGAAGCCAUCGCAACCUGUUGACUACCAGCUCAGAUUUAGUCACCAGUGCUGGCAUCUCAACAAUACCAGCUCGGCGCAACCGUCAGUGAUACCCGGCCAGGCAGGAUUCCAAGAACCCAGCUUUACUACUGCAAUGUUCAAGAACAGCCAUUUCAACAAGGCGCACUAUAAUAAUCCUCACUUUCAUCCCGAGGAGUGGACUCCUGACGAUGAUGGCCACCACGAGCGGCUGCCGGCGCCCAAGAAGAAGGGAAGGGUCAGGCCGGAUCACUAG